AUGGAUGAGGAGCUAGCAAAACAAUGGGAAGAACUAAGUCUCACUAAGAAGGAGAAAUGGGAAAUAAUCUUGGCUUUCAACUCAACAACAAAAGCUAUGCAACAAAGUAACUUUUGUUUGCUGGCUAUGAUUAUUGCUGAAAGGCCAAUAAAUAGAGAAUCAUUUAAGAUUACCAUGUCGAGAGUGUGGAGAUGCAACAGUUGGAUCCAAUUUAGUGAAAUUGGAAGCAAUAAAUAUUUAGUAGAGUUCCACCUAGAGCAGGACCUUCAACAGGUUAUAUGUGGAACGCCAUGGUCAUUUGAUAGGUGGUUGGUCUGUCUUCACUUGUAUGAAGGUAAUAGAUCCAUCAAUGAAGUUCCUUUCACCACAGAAGAAUUUUGGAUGCAUGCCUAUAACAUGCCUUUGGCAAGCAUGACAGAAGACGUAGGCAAAAAGAUUGGUGAUACUAUUGGGAAGUCUCUCAUUGUCCAAGUAGAUGAUAGGGGCAUAGGUUGGGAAAGUUUUUGA